AAACUCGACUCCGAGUUUUCGACUCACCCAGUCCAAAAGCCUUAGUCUGCAGUGCUUCAUCUAGCAUUGUAUCAUUCAGUAGGCAUCGAAUCCAUGGCUGAGCACGGUGGCAAUCACACCGCUAACGCUACUGUCGAGCUCGAAGUGAUGCGCGAAGAUGAUUUCUCGUGGCAUCCUUGUCAGGUCUCUAUCAGUCCAAAUGGGAAUGGUCUGGUUAUAAAGUAUGGUGAUGACUGCCUGGAAGAUUUAAUAGAGGACAAAGAAGUGGCACUUGCACGGCUUCGAAUUCGUUCUUCUCCUCUUCAAGGAUCUGACUGCUCUCUUGUGAAGGAAGGUGAUCAUGUUCUUGCUACCAAAAAAUCACAAUUGAAGAGCCUCUUCUUCGAUGCUGAAGUAGAGAAGGCACAACGCAUUAGACACUCAGCAAGGACAUACUGUAGGUGCACUUUUAGAGUCAAAUGGCUUCACAAAGACCUUGGAGAUGAAGUAUUGGUCCUUCCAUCUUGCGCAAUCAUGAAAUUGACUACUGAAAGUAUUAAUGUUCAUCCAACAGUUUGUGCCUUCUUUAAAUCCUUCGAUAGCUCAAAUUGCUUUACAAAAUUGCCAUUUCCCACUAUUUAUGGAAGCACGGAAAGCAGAAUGGAAACUCAUGAGUUUCCAGAGGCACGAAUUGGAAAGAUAAGGUCUUCUGAUUUUUUUGAGAAGAAAAUUUCAGGGGAUACUCUGGUUGGAGUUGAUUUCAAAGGACAAACCCAGUCUGGAGAAUUUGCCACAUAUAAAGUCUGCAAAACGCAUAUUCAAAUUCCUUCUGUCACUGAUAACUUAAGGUAUUCUGAGCACAGGAAUCAGCUGCAUAAAGAUAAUAAAGCUGAAGCAUCACCUGAUGUUUUCAUGCUUGUUAAAGAUGAGAGUGUUGAAAGCCGAUCUCCUCUAAAUCCUCUUGCAGCUCGUGCAGCUCUUGCUUCAUUAGUAUCAAUAACUCGGCAUUUCUGUUUGGCUGAUGAUUUGACUACACGUAAUGGAAUCUCAUCAAAAUCAGAAGCUGCAUCUGCAACAUUAGUUCCAAGCAGUUCUGAAGAAACGCAUCGAGUCUCAGAUGCACCUUUUAAUUUUACUUGUUCACCAACAGAAAGAAAGGUUAGGCUGACUCGAUCAGCAUCAAAAAGAGGAAAUGAAGUUUCUCAUAAGUCUCUUGCAGUGACUAGUCAUGACGAGGUGAAGGUAGAGCCUUCAACCAAACGGAGGCUGACCCGUUUGGCACUUAAGAAUAAUCAAGAAGUUGAGAGUGUUGAAGCUGACACUGCUACUCAAGGAAAUAUGUCAGCUAAGCAAAUUGAAUGCGACUUUGUUCAGGAAGGCAAGAAAACAGUUGGCUCUUCAAUGAACAAAGGGAUUGUGCCACUCCCCACUGAGGAAGAUAAAUGUGUCUUUUAUGAACUGAAAAUGAAUAAAGAGAAUAUUCAUAUGAAGAAAACCUCCACAGAAGAGAUCAAUGUGAAAAAUAUUAGCAGUACAAGAAGGCUAACACGCUCAGCAGCUCGUGGAGAGACUGGCCCGAAUUCUGGCAUAAGUUUGGAACAAAGCAAAUUAUAUGACCACAGCCAAUCAAACUCUGAUUCCACAGUUACUAAGGUUCAGUCUCCUCCUGCUGCAGAAGAGAAUAAGAUAAAUCAAACAUACGCUACUUCAAAGAAAACUGAAGCAGAUGAGUGUAUCUCAAUUAAUUUUGCAGGCAAUGCUAAACAAAACAAGGGCUUAAAAAGGAAGUUAAUUGCAUCGACAGCACAGCAGUUGAGGUCUUCUCCUCGUCUUAACUCUACUCUCCAGACUCGCUCUCAAAUGAAGCUUUAGUUUCCCAUGUAAGAGAAGUUGAAGGUGAAUUCCUUGCCCACCCAACUUUGCACUUCACAUCACUUUUUUCUUUUAUGGAUUAACUUAGAACUAUGAAGGUUUAUAUGUACUUGUUGACAAAAUUAAUGCUGCUAGAUGUUGUCUAUUUCUGCUCCUUGGAGAUUGCCCUGGUUUAGUAAAACUAGGAACGGGAAAUGUAUGUCACUUCUUCUCUAGAGAAACUACAUUAUAACUAAACACUGCUAAGUUUCUUUCUAAUGCACCCAAAAGUAACAAUGGUGAUGAUGGUGA